AGAGGAGGCGGUGCAGGUGCGCGAGGUCUACGCCGCGUCGUGGUCCACGCAGCAGCCAUGAGCGGCCCGGCAAACCUGAUGGACUUCUUGGACGAGCCGUUCCCCGACGUGGGCACCUACGAGGACUUCCACACCAUCGACUGGCUGCGGGAGAAGUCGCGGGACACCGACCGGCACCGGAAGAUCACCAGCAGGAGCAGGGAGUCCGUGUGGGAGUUCGUCAAGAGCUUGCUGGACGCCUGGUCGGGGUGGGCGGUGAUGCUGCUCAUCGGGCUGCUGGCAGGCACCCUGGCCGGCGUCAUCGACCUGGCCGUGGACUGGAUGACCGACCUGAAGGAGGGCGUGUGCCUGUCGGCCUUCUGGUACAGCCACGAGCAGUGCUGCUGGACGUCCAACGAGACCACGUUCGAGGACCGGGACAGGUGCCCGCAGUGGCAGACGUGGUCGGAGCUGCUGGUGAGCCGGUCGGAGGGGGCCAGCGCCUACGUCCUCAACUACCUGAUGUACAUCCUGUGGGCGCUGCUCUUUGCCUUCCUGGCCGUGUCCCUGGUGCGCGUCUUCGCGCCCUACGCCUGCGGCUCCGGCAUCCCGGAGAUCAAGACCAUCCUGAGCGGCUUCAUCAUCCGGGGCUACCUGGGCAAGUGGACGCUGCUCAUCAAGACGGUGACCCUGGUGCUGGUGGUGUCGUCCGGGCUCAGCCUGGGCAAGGAGGGGCCGCUGGUGCACGUGGCCUGCUGCUGCGGGAACCUCUUCAGCGGCCUCUUCUCCAAGUACAGCCGCAACGAGGGCAAGCGGCGGGAGGUGCUGUCGGCCGCCGCCGCCGCGGGCGUCUCCGUGGCCUUCGGGGCCCCGAUCGGGGGUGUGCUGUUCAGCCUGGAGGAGGUCAGCUACUACUUCCCGCUGAAGACGCUGUGGAGGUCCUUCUUCGCGGCCCUGGUGGCGGCCUUCACGCUGCGGUCCAUCAACCCCUUCGGCAACAGCCGGCUGGUGCUGUUCUACGUGGAGUACCACACGCCCUGGUACAUGGCCGAGCUGCUCCCCUUCAUCCUGCUGGGCGUCUUCGGGGGCCUGUGGGGCGCGCUCUUCAUCCGUGGCAACAUCGCCUGGUGCCGGCGGCGCAAGACCACCCGGCUGGGCCGGUACCCGGUGCUGGAGGUGCUGGCGGUCACGGCCGUGACGGCCGUCGCCGCCUACCCGAACCCCUACACGCGGCGCAGCACCAGCGAGCUCAUCUCCGAGCUGUUCAACGACUGCGGCGCCCUGGCGUCCUCCCAGCUCUGCGACUACGUCAGCGACCCCAACAUGACCCGGCCGCUGGACGACAUCCCCGACCGGCCGGCCGGGCGCGGCGUCUACACCGCCAUGUGGCAGCUGGCCCUGGCGCUGGUCUUCAAGGUCGUCAUCACCGUCUUCACCUUCGGCAUGAAGAUCCCCUCGGGCCUCUUCAUCCCCAGCAUGGCCGUGGGCGCCAUGGCGGGCAGGAUGGUGGGCGUGGGCGUGGAGCAGCUGGCCUACCAUCACCACGACUGGAUCGUCUUCAGGAACUGGUGCCGGCCCGGCGCCGACUGCGUCACGCCGGGACUCUACGCCAUGGUGGGCGCCGCGGCGUGCCUGGGCGGGGUGACCAGGAUGACCGUGUCCCUGGUGGUCAUCAUGUUCGAGCUGACCGGCGGCCUGGAGUACAUCGUGCCCCUGAUGGCGGCGGCCGUGACCAGCAAGUGGGUGGCCGACGCCUUCGGGAAGGAGGGCAUCUACGAGGCGCACAUCCACCUGAACGGGUACCCGUUCCUGGACGUCAAGGACGAGUUCACCCACCGCACGCUGGCCACGGACGUCAUGCGGCCCCGGCGCGGGGAGCCGCCGCUGUCGGUGCUCACCCAGGACGGCAUGACGGUGGAGGACGUGGAGGCGCUCAUCAAGGACACCGACUACAACGGCUUCCCGGUGGUGGUGUCCCGGGACUCCGAGCGCCUCAUCGGCUUCGCCCAGAGGAGGGAGCUCAUCCUGGCCAUCAAGAAUGCCCGGCAGCGGCAGGACGGCGUGGUGAGCGGCUCCGUCACCUACUUCACGGAGGAGCCCCCGGAGCUGCCGGCCAACAGCCCGCAGCCCCUGAAGCUGCGGCGCAUCGUGAACCUCAGCCCCUUCACCGUCACGGACCACACGCCCAUGGAGACCGUGGUGGACAUCUUCCGCAAGCUGGGGCUGCGGCAGUGCCUGGUGACGCGCAGCGGGAGGCUCCUUGGCAUCAUCACCAAGAAGGACGUCCUGAGACACAUGGCCCAGAUGGCCAACCAGGACCCCGAAUCCAUCAUGUUUAACUAGCAGCCAGGGGGCCUAAGUGCCGUGGGGCUCGUGGGUGGCUGUCCAGCCUGUGGAUUGUGUGCAGACGUAGGACACAAAUGCCCAUCAGGAAACUUGACGCCGUCUCCUCCAGGCUGAUGUCUGUAACCUAGGUGCACAGGGAAGCUUGGAGCCCCAAAGGCCAAAGAGGGGGUGUCGGCUGGUCGUCCGUGUCAUCGUGCCGGGGCUUCAUCGACUCGUUGCUGUUGCUUGUGCGUGGAACUGGCAGGAAGCUGGGGUUGGGAGCCAGAGGUGGGAAUUGAACUCGGAUACUCCAGUAUGGAUGAUGGUUGAUGACUCAGUGGGUAUGUGAUAAUGAUGAGACAGCAGAAGUUUCAUGAGGACUGACCAGGUAUGUCAUAAGGAUGACUCCUCAGGUACGUCAUAGUGAUGACUCGCCAGAAAUUUCACAGUGACUCACCAGGUACAUACUAGUGAUGACUCAGCAGGUAUGUGAUAAUGAUGUGUCAGCAGAAAUUAUUGAGGCCUGGCCAGGUAGGUCAUAACGAUGACUCAUCAGGUACCUCAAAGUGAUGACUCACCAGAAAUUUCACAGUGAUUCAUCAGGUACAUACUAGUGAUGACUCAGCAGGUACAUCAUAGUGUUGACUCAGCAGAAAUUUGGCUCUGACUCACUGCUUGGCCAAACACCACCCCCUUCGGUUUUCCAAUAGAAUGAAAUUCGCAGUCUUGUUUCUAGCACUGAAGUAUUGAGUGACAAACCCUUCUGUCAGUGUUGUUAUUGGGGUUUCCAUGGAACAUUUGCAACUGAAACUGGAUUCUUCUGGACUUGAAUCCCUAAAAAAGUCAAAGACGCUGCAUGGUAGUUCUCCUCUUCGCUGUGUGUGGCUCCCCUCAGAGCCGGCCUGUCAUGGGAAAACACGUUUCUGUCAUAGCCUGACUCUUGUAUGUCAUCCCGGCACCCUGCUAGCCAAAGCAAGGUUCUUCCGAAGGGAACACAAAGCAACGGAGCCACAGCCAAGGGGCACGGAAUCCGCGGACGACUUCUCGUUUAGUUCCACUGAGUCCAUGGAGAAGGAUGAGGGGACGGGUGGCCUUGGGCCGAGAUCACCAAGGGGAACUUGGGAGCUUUGCGUGUGUUCUGAAUGCUGGCUGUCAUGUCUACGGCCAUACCACCCUGAAUGCGCCCGAUCUCGUCUGAAUGCUGGCUGUCAGACAGUUGUAGGGCUUUCUGGAUUUUUCCUAGGCAGCUUUUAACCAAAAAAAAAAAUCCUAUAAAUAGUGGAGGAGGAGUUCUUCCGUGAGGCACAUCACCGAUUUCUUAUUCUCUCUAUCUCUAAGGAAAUGCAUUGGCCAAAUAAAGGGCAUCUUGAAAGUGAAAAAAAAAAAAAAGGAAUUAUUAUGAGUUUUAGUCACUCUUUAAAGGGACAUUCACGGAAGAGCUGCUGUGUGCCAGUCACAUUAAUAAGUACAGGGCAUGCGUUAGUGGUUGUUUGUAGUUGAAUCCACAAACCCAGAAGUCUAUGAAUUUUAACUUUAUUAAUUUUCUCUGACAUAGUAAAGUAUACAUACUGAUGGUAUGGGAAACUGGGUGCAUGGUGUGUGGGAACUAUCAGUACUAUUGUCUCAAUUUUUCUGUGUAUCUAAAACUUCUAAAAGUUGUUUAUCAUUUAAAAAUAAAUAAAUGGGAAGCAAACAUAUAAAAAAGGAAAAAUUUCCUUGGUUUAGAGUACUAGAGUUCAUCUGACGGACAUUGCAGAACAUAUUCGAUCAACAAACUAGAUUAUUCUAGUUAAUGGAUCACAAACAGCUUGUAUUAAAUCCCAAAUGAGUGAAAUGUAAUUAAAAACAUGAAAAUUUGGAAGAGCAAGAGGUUGUUACUUGGUGAUAGGGGAGAGAUCUAUAAUCAUUUUAUGCAAGACAGAGACGUUCAACUAGAUUGGAAGAAACGGUAGAGAACUUGCCUCUCUUAAUUUAAUUUCCCAGGGGGCAAAUUGUAUUAACUGUGCACAAAGAAUGGUAAUAUGGGCUGAUUUCUCACACUACUACUAGAUUACAGUAAGUAGACAUUUGAGUUCAGUGAAGCCCUAAACAAGAAUCCUUCUUAAAUCUUGUUCAAGCUGGUGUUUUUUCUUAAUCUUUCUAAUUGAGAUUUAUAUAUCCUGAAGAUGAGGAGACAUAGAGUCCAUAGGCUUCUUAAAUGUGAACAUUACAGUUGCUGGCACUGUGUGCAACAGUAGGUAUUAUUUUCUCUAGACCUUUAUUUACAUUGUUUGGAAUAUUGUUUUCAUUUUCCUUGGGCAAUGAGAUGAAAUCCCACCUACAAGUGCGGUUUCUGUGUCACAUAAUAGGUGUGUGUUUAACUUGAUAUCAAACUGCCAAACUGUUUUCCAAUGGGCUCAUGUAUUUUGACAUUCUCACUAGAAAUGUAUGAGGGUUUCAGUUGCUCCAUGUCUUUGUCCACCUGGAUUGUCAACGAUUUUACUUUAGAAAGCUUAUUGUAUGGCAGUUCCUCAUGGCAGUUUUAUUUUGAUUUUCAAGAUAAAUAAUGAUGUUGAGAAUUGCUCCAUGUGCUAAUUGGCAUGUAUGUAUUUUCCCUAUUCAAGUGCUUUUUCAUACUCUUUGCCCAGUUUUAGAAUUGGUUGCAUCCAUUAAUAAAUUAUAAGUUUUCAAAUUA